AUGGCUACAAAUAAUGAUGAAGAAGAAACUAUACAAAAAUUGUUACAAAAACAACUUAACGAGGAAGAAAAAGCAGAACAACUAGUCGCACAACUUAAAGAUGAAAUCGAAAAAAUAAAACGUGAAGCGGAAGAAAUUGAACUGAUCGAGGAAACAAAACAUAGAGAUGAAAUCGAAAAAAUGAAGCAUGAAGCUCAGGAUAUGCAACAAAUUCAAGAAGCAAUAUAUCAAUAUGAAAUGAAAAAAAUGGAUCGUAAAAAUGAUAGAUUGGAUCGUGAACUUGAAAUAUACAAACGUCUAAAUGAACAAUUGGAUCGUCAACUUGAAACAAUAAAAUGUACAAAUCAAUUGAAGAGACAAAUCGAAAAAGAAAAACAGCAACAAAUGCAUGAGACUUACCGAAGAAAAAGACGGAAGCUAGACAGUGAAUCCGAUUCAUCAUCAACUAAAAGACAUCGUAAUAUAUCUACAUCUGAUGAUUGCUUUCACCAGAUCGAUGUACCCGAUGAUUUGCAAUCGUUCGAUAUUAAUGCAGUAUUAAAUGACAAUAAUUACUUUAAUGAUAAUAUAUUAAAUUAUAUUGAACAUUAUUUAGAUCAAUUUUCAUCGUAUCCUAAAUUAAAUGAAGAAGAAAUUCAAAAAGGAUUUGAUCAAUUAAUUGUUAAUUUAUUAAAUACAUUGAAUAAUUCUACAUCAUUGAAAUAUUUAAAUACAUCUUCUUCAUAUUAUUUAAAAGAUAAGUUUAAUCCUCAUUGUACAUUUAUAUAUAAAAAUAUAAAUAUCGAUAUUGAUCAAGAAAAAUCAUGUUUACAAGAUUUUGUUGUUUGUCUUGGUAAUUUAAUAUCUCCAUACGUUUCUUUAUCGAUAAAUUCAAUGAAUGAAGAAAUAUUAUUAUAUUUGAAAAUUAUAUUGGCAGUGCAACAUCGUGAAAUGAUAUAUGGUUUUAUCAGUAAUUAUACACACAUCAAAUUUUUUUAUGUGAAAAAGAAAUCCGAUUCGGAUUCGUAUGAAUUUUUUCAAAGUCAAGAAUUAGAAAUGUUUACUAAUUCAUUCGAAGUAUUAUCAUCUAUUGAUACGUCAACAACAACAACUGAAAAUACAAGAAAAUUAGGUGUUAAUAAAGAUACAUGGAAAAUAUUUACAAAUUUUUUAACAAUGAAUAUUGACUUUUAUCAAUAUAAAAGAUUAAAUAUAGAUCCUAAUGAUGAUUUACUUGGUAAUCGAUAUAUGAUAACAAAAAAAUUAGGAUUUGGUGUAUCAUCGAUGGUUUAUUUAUUAGAAAGAUAUAAAGAUAAUCAUUCAGUUGAAGAUUCGCCACAUUAUGUAAUGAAAGUAUUAAAAGAUAAUAAAUUUUCAAAAUGUUUUCGACAAGAAAUUGAAAUGGCAAAAAAAUUAAAAGAAUUUAAUGAUUUAAAUAAAUUUCAUUUAUUUUUUCAAGAUAUUCUAUAUCCAUUAUCUUCAGGUAAAGCAUUUGUCUUUUGA